AUGCGACUGGGAUCAAAUCGUAGUGGUAGGCGUCGGCCGCAUGCACCGUGGUCUCGGCUGUGCUUGUCCUCACAUCACAUCAUCGCGCCCGAGCCCCGUCGUUUGCGUGAAGGGUCGUGCGUGUACCGCGCCGCGUGGUGCGAUGAGUGCGUAGUUAUCGAAGUACGAGCAGAUUGUGAGGCGAGUGUGCGAGCAGUGAAUCGCGCACCGAAAGAGGCAGCCACGGAAGUGUUGCCCGGAUCGACGUCGAAGACGGUCCCUGGCUACGCAACGGGCUCUAAGGCGGCCGGUGCUCGAUGGGGCCCACGAAGUAAAUAA